CGUUGCAAUCCCCGCCGCUGCCCCCAGCUCCCUCCUCAGGCGCCCUGGCUUCAUUCCAGCCUGGGGAGCGACUCCGGGGGGAGCACGGGACAGCGAGGGAGGCCAAGGAGGGGGACCUGGGCACCUCAGCUCCCGCAACCUGGAGGUGGCCCCGACUCCCGGAGCCGAAACGCAGGGAAAGGCAAGGACGGGGCGGCCGGCGGAGGGGCGGGCGCCGCUCAUCAACCACGCCAGUCACGUCUGGGGCCACCGGCCGCCUUUUCUUCCUUUCCCCCUUUGCUUUCUCCCCCGUCUCCCUUUGGCGAGGGCAAAGGGGCCGUGGCGGCGCCAUGCCCGGGCCGGAGUGAGUCGCACGGGUGAAAAUGGCGUAUAUCCAGUUGGAACCUUUAAAUGAGGGAUUUCUUUCUAGAAUUUCCGAUCUGCUGCUGUGCAGAUGGACUUGCCGGCACUGCUGUCAGAAGUGCUAUGAGUCCAGCUGUUGCCAGUCGAGUGAGGAUGAAGUUGAAAUUCUGGGACCUUUUCCUGCCCAGACUCCUCCCUGGCUGAUGGCCAGCAGGAGCAGUGACAAGGACGGGGAUUCAGUCCACACAGCCAGUGAUGUCCCGCUGACCCCACGUACCAGCUCCCCAGAUCGAAGAUGUUCAUCCUCGGACACAUCAAAGUCUACAUACAGCCUGACCCGGCGGAUUUCAAGUCUCGAGUCCAGACGACCCAGCUCCCCGCUCAUCGAUAUUAAACCCAUCGAGUUCGGCGUCCUCGGCGCCAAGAAGGAGCCCAUCCAGCCCUCGGUGCUCAGACGGACCUAUACCCCAGAUGACUAUUUCAGAAAGUUUGAGCCCCAGCUGUACUCCCUCGACUCCAACAAUGACGAUGUGGACUUCCUGACGGACGAGGAGAUCUUGUCCAAGUACCAGCUGGGCAUGCUGCACUUUAGCACCCAGUACGACCUGCUGCACAACCACCUGACAGUGCGGGUGAUCGAGGCCCGGGACCUGCCACCCCCCAUCUCCCACGACGGCUCACGCCAGGACAUGGCACACUCAAACCCAUAUGUCAAGAUCUGCCUCCUGCCAGACCAGAAGAACUCUAAGCAGACGGGCGUCAAACGCAAGACCCAGAAGCCCGUGUUUGAGGAGCGCUACACCUUCGAGAUCCCCUUCCUAGAAGCGCAGCGGAGGACCCUGCUCCUCACCGUGGUGGAUUUCGAUAAGUUCUCACGCCACUGUGUCAUUGGGAAGGUGUCGGUGCCUCUGUGCGAGGUCGACCUGGUGAAAGGCGGGCACUGGUGGAAGGCGCUGAUUCCCAGCUCCCAGAAUGAAGUGGAGCUGGGAGAGCUGCUUUUGUCACUGAAUUAUCUCCCAAGUGCUGGGAGGCUAAAUGUUGACGUCAUUCGAGCCAAGCAACUUCUUCAGACAGAUGUGAGCCAAGGUUCAGACCCCUUUGUGAAAAUCCAGCUGGUACAUGGACUCAAGCUUGUGAAAACAAAGAAGACAUCCUUCUUAAGGGGUACAAUUGAUCCUUUCUAUAAUGAAUCCUUCAGCUUCAAAGUUCCCCAAGAAGAACUGGAAAAUGCCAGCCUAGUGUUUACAGUGUUCGGCCACAACAUGAAGAGCAGCAACGACUUCAUCGGAAGGAUUGUCAUCGGCCAGUACUCUUCGGGGCCGUCCGAAUCCAACCACUGGCGGCGGAUGCUCAGUACUCACCGCACAGCUGUGGAGCAGUGGCACAGCCUCAGGUCCCGGGCCGAGUGUGACCGCGUGUCUCCUGCCUCGCUGGAGGUGACCUGAGGGCUGCAGGGAGGGCAGGUGUUGUUUGUUUUAAAAGAAAUGAAAAAAAGGAAGAAAAUUUAAGACAAAAAAAGGUGUCAUCUACCUAUUACAUCCACACCUGCGUAUACACUCACCACACACACACAUACACACACCCAAAAUUCUCUCAGAACUGAGAGGAAGCUGACUGUUGAUCACAAAUGGCCACCCUCAAUGAGUGAGGCCUGAGAACUUUCCGGAAGCCCCAUCCCUGUGCCACAAGCUGAGCUGGCAUUGCUGUGAGACUUACUGGCAGUUCUUGCUGUUGUUGAUAUCCCAAACCCACCCCGCACCCCAAAUGCACUUUCAACCUUCAAGCCAGAGGAUGGGCGUCCCAAAGGGUGCCGGCCUCCAUCGAGAUGAAACUUUCCAAGUGUUUGGCCAACGUGGGGGAGGCCCGACCCCCACACCCAAAAUGUACACCCACCGGGUAACUUUGGAACAGGCUGCUGUUGCCUGGGGUUCUUUGAACCUGAUACCUUUCCUCCAAAGUGUAAGUACUUUGUCUUCUCUUUCAUGGACAUGAUAAAUAUAGAUUUAGACUAUUUGGAGAACCAAUCAGCAACAAAAAAAUAUUCCAGUGUAAGAGACCUCUCCUGGCUUAACCGAAUUUUUCCUCCUAUUAGCCUAUUCCUGGGCACUCCCUGUGGGCACGUAUGUGGAUGUUCUCGUGCGUGUGCCCUCACAGGUGGACGCGUGUGUGCCUGUGUGUCCUUUGGAGGGCAAGGCAGUGGGCCAGGACCCCAGUCCUGAGCCUUCCCUUCUCUGCCUCUCACAUCAGUGCACCUUCCCCCAGUGUCCCCCUAUGUGGCAAGACCCCACCUUUAGUAACAGUAGUGUGGAUGUCUGUCAAGAAACUAGAAUAUGAUAGAGCAAAAGCAACAUUUUUUCGACCAAAUCAUGGUGAUGUGACUCACAGAAGACCUACACAGGAUGGUGACAUGGAUUCAAAUGGCCGCCGCACCCUCACCCAGGAUGAUCUCCCUCCUUGUCACACCCUGAGGAGCUUUCUGUAUUUCUGUGUGAACCAAAGUAAUUUCUCUUGUGCUAAGGAAUUAGCAUAGUUAGAAUAGCUCUCUCUUUGGAUGCUUCUGUAUCUUUUCCCACAGCCUAUUGUCUGGUAUACUAGGGAGCUAUCUGUUGAAAUUAAAGAUUAUUUAUUUGUGCCAUGCA